GUUCACAGUAGAGUGGCUAGAAAAAGGGCUUUAACGCCAACCAAUUGUAACAGUCUUCACUUUGAAAACACGGAAGCAGCUUAUUAUUUCAAAUAAUGAGUGGUAGCAUAUCACCUUCUAAACCCGUAGAUAAAUCGAACAAAUACGAUAGACAACUCAGAUUAUGGGGUGACCAAGGUCAGUCAAAAUUGGAAAAAGCUAGAAUCUGUUUAAUUAAUGCUACUGCUACUGGAACUGAAAUUCUAAAGAAUUUGAUUUUACCAGGUAUAGGCUCAUUUACAAUUGUGGACGGACAUAAAGUUUCUGGAGAAGAUGUAGGAAAUAACUUUUUUCUCGAAAAAUCAGCAAUUGGAAAGAAUCGAGGUCAAGUUGCCUGCGAGCUACUCCAAGAACUUAAUGACGAUGUUCUAGCUAAUUAUGUUGAUGAGAAUGUAGAAGAUUUAUUUCAAGUUAAUGCCAAAUUUUUCUCAACGUUCUCGGUUGUCAUAGCAACUGACUUAAAUGAGAGAACUUUACUCCAAAUUUCAAGUUAUCUAUGGUCUUGUAAAGUGCCAUUCUUGCAUUGCGUUAGUUACGGUUUUAUCGGUUACAUGAGAAUUGCUAUGCCUGUUCAUACUGUCAUAGAGUCUCAUCCCGAUAAUGCUUUGGACGAUUUAAGAUUAGAUAGACCAUUUAAAGAAUUUAGAGAUCUCUGUGAUGCCUGCGACUUAGGAAAAAUGAAUGUAAAAGAACAUAGUCAUAUACCUUGGCUGAUUGUUGUUUACAAAUAUCUAGAGAUAUGGAAGAAUAAAAACAAUGGUAAUAUCCCUAAAACUUACCAAGAAAAGCAGGCUUUCAAGAAGUUAAUAAGAUCUGGUAUUCUCCUCAAUAAAGACGGCAAUCCAGAAAUGGAAGAAAAUUUCGACGAAGCUAUCAGAAAUGUAAAUACUGCUCUAUCAGCAACAAAGAUGCCAGAUGAUGUUAAACAUAUUUUCGAAGAUCCAGAAUGUAUAAAUAUUGUUAAUAAGUCUGAACCAUUUUGGAUUCUUGUUAGGGCUGUUAAAGAAUUUGUUAAAAGCGAAGGAGAAGGUUUCCUACCCUUGAGAGGUGUCAUUCCGGACAUGACAAGCGAUUCUGAUAGUUUUAUACGACUUCAACAAGUCUAUAGGAACAAAGCGUCGAAAGAUGUGGAAGCAGUUAAUAAACAUCUACAGAAUGUUGUAUCAAAUUUAUCGAUUCCUUGCAUUAUUUCGGAAGCGGAAAUUAGAAAUUUUUGUAAAAACGCCGCUUUUCUUCGGGUUUUGAGAUAUCGAUCAAUAUCGGAAGAAUACAAUUCACCGUCUACAAUCUUUUUAAGGCAAAUGGCUCAACGAGUUGAGGACGAGGACGAUGACCUGGUUUAUUAUGUUCUGUUAAGAGCUGUAAGUCGAUAUUACCUCUGUUAUUCAAAUUAUCCGGGUAUAUACGAAGUGGAGGAUGAUAUUAUGAACCUUAAGUCUUGUGUUACGAGGCUAUUACAGCAAUGGAAGAUAACAUGCAGUAUAAAAGACGAUCUUAUUCACGAGUUCUGCCGGUACGGCGCGUGCGAAAUGCAUUCUAUAGCUGCUUACAUGGGUGGAUGCGCCGCGCAAGAAGCGAUUAAACUCAUAACUGGUCAAUAUGUGCCAUUCAACAAUACUUUUAUUUACAAUGCUAUGAAACAAACAUCAGUUACCGUCGAACUUUAG